AUGGAGACUGUGAGAACAAAGAUGGCGGAUACAUGUGCACCUGGCAAGGGUGGACAGAACUAUAUAGAUGAGUGUGCCAGAAAAGCAUGUCUACAUGGAUACUGUGUGAACCAAGAUGGCGGCUACAGAUGUAACUGCAGGCGUGGCUGGACUGGAAAGAACUGCCAAGAUGAUAUAGAUGAAUGUGCCAUCAACACAUGUCCACAUGCAGAUUGUGUGAACAUAGCUGGCGGAUACGGAUGUACCUGCUUCCCUGGAUGGACUGGACAGAACUGUGAUCAAGCCUUACAAUGUCAGAGUGGGUGGCACAGAUACAACAUCCACUGCUACAUGACUUCGUGGAUCACAGACGAAGUCAGUUGGUCCACAGCGAGCUCACGAUGUCAACAACACGGCGCAAUUCUUGCCUCUAUCAAGGACCAUGGCGAGAACAACUUUAUUGCGGAUCUCAUCUCGAAAAAAGAUGAUAACAAGUUCCGGGUGAUUCCGUCCUUUUGGAUUGGUCUUCAUAAACAAUCUGAACAAUGGAAGUGGACGGACGGAUCCCGUCUUGACUACACUAACUGGGCUCCGGAUGAGCCGAACGGCAGUUUGUUCUCCUCGUUUUUCCAUGGAGAGGAUUGCGUCUCCAUGUACUACAAGACUGGCAGAAAUAUAAUUUGGAAACUGAAGAGGCACACGGGACAGUGGAAUGACGACCGAUGCAACUCUAACAAACCCUACAUUUGCGAGAAACCAAUUUAAUAAUGACUAUAGUAGAAAAAAAAGAUAAAACUUCGUUCCAGUCCAAUCGCUGAAGUCGUGGUGUGUAUAAACAAGUAACGUUAAGUAAUAAGCCAUUGGACUAUCAAAAAACAGAUUGUGCUUGUACUUAUUGUGCUGGAAUGAAUGAUUAGCUCUGUACUACAUUUGUAUCCAACACAGAUCAAUUUUGUCUUAUUGUGAUUAUGCAUAGAUUCUUACACAUUUAUGCUCUGAAUAUUGUGGGUUUGCAACUUAUAUAUUAUUACUUAUUGUUAUAUUGAUAUCAUAUCAUAUAUUACUAUUAUUUAGUCACAAUAAAGUUAGGCAUCCCUGCAGCCUACUAAUGUAAAAUGUUAAAUCUACUAUUGCCGAGUUUGACUUCUUCUUUAUGUGUUGUAAAGAAUGAAGAGUACAACUUUGUAGAGUCUUCAGAUGGAAAAAGUCGAGAUAUUUUUUAUUCAAAUUGAGGUAAAUGACAAAUAAACCGUAUUCCAGUCUUGAUUUGAUGUUCUACAAAUUGAUGAACAAUGAAGAAACGACCAUGUAUAUCUGCAUUCGUAUCUAAUGUAUACACAGGAUUCUGUGUGCAUUUCAAAAUAUAUAGUCAAGUCAAGUCAAAGUUUAUUGCACAACAAUUGUAAAACGGGUACAAUGUAUGGCAAACUUAGGUAACGUUAUAAUGUAUAAGGCAACUAGUAUAUAUGUCCAGGUGUAGUGUUUCAUAUUUAACCAUCUCUGCAUGUUAACAGCCGAUCAACUGAGAGCAAAGGGUUGGAUUGAUUUGGUUGAACAAUGACAAUUUCGUCUUGCUUUUCUCAUUUUGUUGUUUCUCUUAACUCGUGGAAAAUUUGUAUAUUUAGAAUAUCAAGGAUUGACAAGAAAAGCAGUGACUCUUUUGGGGAAAUUCUCACACCAGGGAACAAUUUAUGGCAAUUUUUUCUCAAAAAGAUGUUUGCUCUCAAGAAUUUGUAGACAUUCCAGUCUAAAUUGUUUUCUUGUCUAACAAGUCUAUAUUUCUUGUCAUGAUUAAGAAAAUAUUAGAAUCUAAAAAAUAAUCUUACUUCAAGAAAAACUACUUAAGAUAAUUCUCAGCUCGUGGACAAGACAACUUUUUCUGUAUACAAGGAGAAAGAGGAUAACAAGAGAAGGUAUUUUUGGUAGUAAACAAUGUUUGCAAGUUGGAAGUAACGUUACGUGUCGAGGCCGCUUAAAUUGCCUCGUACACAGUGCCCUAACGUAGUGUCGAGGACUUGGCAUUUGUGAUGUCUAAAUUCCAUUGCACAUGUAAAUACUCAUGAUUAUAUUUCUUCGAGUUGCAGAGUAUCAGCAACCUCUGUGUUCAUUUUCUGAACACAAGUCCUGGCUAAAGAUGGGUACCGUUUCACACAUGCGUAUAUAUUCAAGUCCGUAUGAGGUCCGUAUGGAGUUCUUUGCCUCUGCCAGGGUCCACAAGUCGCUGUAAAAAUAGAAGAAUUUGGACAGAUAUAGACAGAUAACAUGCCAGGAGAGGAGUAAGCUGGCCGAGGAGUACGGUUUGCAACACAGCUAACUGGUUAUCUGGCUAUAUUUGUCCGAUUUCUAUUAUUUUUCCAGCGACCUGUGUAGCCUGGUAGAUGCUAUUAGAAUUCCAUACGGACCUCAUACGGACUCGAAUAUAUACGCACGUGUGAACCCACCUUAAGGACAAAUUGUGUCAAAUAGACACUCCUUCUGAAAUGCCAUUUAGGGCUAUUUAGCAUUCGAGGCAACUGAAUGUUUGCGAGACUCAUUAGUAAAGGUACAGUAGAAAACAACACGGUUCAUCUCUUUUAUAUGGAAAC